AUGUCAGAGAAGUCGGACGAUCUCUACCUUCCGAAUGCGGUGAUUAUGCGGAUUGUUCGUGAAGCUUUCCCGGAGGACGCUUCCGUCAUGGUGUCACGAGAGGCGCGAUCCGCUCUGAGUAAAGCGGCGAGUUCUUUCGUGCUCUGCGUUACUUCUAUGGCCAGUGUACACUGCGAGGCAGGGAAACGCAAAACCCUCGCGGCUUCCGAUGUCAUUGGCGCCCUGCGGGACAUGCAGUUCGGGCACUUUGAGUCGCCUCUGCUUCAAUUCCUCGAAAGUUACCGGGAGUCAACGGCUGCCAAAAAAGCAUCGAAACGAAGCACCACGACUCCUGGCGAGGCUUCAGACAUGGUUGAGGACAUGGAUGAGGCGAUGUGA